AGCGGACCGGGUUUUGCUGGAUUAUUGGCUUAUAUGAAUUUUCUAUUAAUCAAUGUUGAUUUUCACAAAUUAAUAGCAACGAGAGGAAAAAAUUAAGUAAAAAUAAAUAUGUUUAUAAAUUUUAACAAUAAGAAAAAAACAUAAACACUGCCAUUUAAUUUUAAGUGUUAACUGCCAACAAAGAGUAAAUUUUUAUUAAAAAUUUAAUCAUAAAAAUAUCAAUCAAUGAAAAGGAAAAAACGAGUGAUUGAUUGGACGAAAAAUAAAUAAAUACAAAAUAUUUAAAUGGAAAAAUAAUAAAUAAAAAAGUUGAUUUAUGGAACCGAAAAAUAUGCAAAUAUAAUGUUGGUAGUGGCUGAAAAUAAAUAAAUACAAAUAAAUUGCCCAUAAAAGUGUUGAAAAUAAACAAAGUGUGUGCAAAAGUAAUUAAACGGUCGAAAAAAAAAAUUCACCAAAACCAAUAAAUAAAUCAAAAUAAACGACGAAUUAAUUGCUGUCACGUAAAAAAUGACAACAUUAGUUACUUUUAUUGGAUUACUCUGUCUAAUUACGUGCUAUGGAGUUGAUGGCCAUCUUAAUUUAUACCUUAACCAGCUGGAAGUUAUGCGACUAUUAGGUUUAUCUGCCGAGUUGUAUUACGUUCGAGAUGGUCACGUGAAUGAAUAUGCUCUUCAGUUCCAAGUACCCGUACCAGCAAAUGUGAAAGAUGUAUCUUUUACGUGGCAAAGUUUGGCUGGCAAACCUCUGCCCUACAGGAUCCACAUUAUGUCGUCGGAUCCCGAAGUUUUGCCGCGACCGGCAAUGAACAUUUCUCGCACUGGCGAAGUUCCUACUGAAGUUGAGACUUUUGCCAUUGCUCUCAGGUGCUCAGGUAUUCGAGCAGCAGAAGUAGAAUUAUCCAUCACAAUUGAAAUAACUUUGAAUCGGGUCACGAAUAAUGUGACAGAGCUCGUCUUUAGGAGAAAGAAGAUUUGCUUACAAGGAGAAAAUGAGAAUUUGUUGCUUAAUGACCCACUGCAACAAGAAACGCUCGCCUCGCCUCCCAGCGGAUUAAUUACCCUGGCCAUUGGAGGCAUCAUGGCCAUCAUUUUGGUUAGCAUUUUGAUCAUUAUCGCAUACUGUGCUCGGGGCCCGGUAAAGCGCCCCACCCACCAUCCCAUUCGCACUUCAAGUUUUCAGCGGCUUCCGGCUCAUCCACCUUCCGUUGCCCCAUCCAUUUCGAUUGCUCCAACGGUCACGACACUACCGCGGAGCAAGCCCCCCUCAGAGCCGGAAGAGCUACAUCGCCGCAUCGCAGAACUCACAGUACAAAGGUGUCGCGUAAGACUGUCAAGUCUACUACAAGAAGGGACCUUCGGAAGAGUCUAUAAAGGGACUUACAACGAAAACCAGGAUGUACUUGUGAAAACAGUAGGGCAACACGCCUCCCAAAAUCAGGUAUCGCUACUUCUGCAAGAGGGGAUGAGUUUGUAUGGUGCUUCGCAUGCCGGUAUUCUAUCGGUUUUGGGUGUCUCCAUCGAGGAUCACACCGCACCAUUUUUAUUGUAUCCAGCACCAAAUAACACGCGCAACUUGAAACUGUUUCUUCAAGAACCCAUGGCUCGAUCUCUCACCACAAUCCAAAUCGUCCUAAUGUCGACACAAAUUGCCGAGGCACUCAGCCAUUUACACAGCCAUGGAGUUAUCCACAAAGACAUUGCUGCACGUAAUUGUGUUAUUGACGACCAAUUACUCGUGAAAUUAGCUGAUAAUUCACUGUCACGUGAUUUAUUCCCAGGAGAUUAUUAUUGCUUAGGCGACAGCGAGAACCGCCCCAUUAAAUGGUUGGCCUUGGAGUCUUUGGAGAUAAAACGAUUUAGCGAGGCUUCAGAUACAUGGGCUUUUGGCGUUCUUAUGUGGGAACUGUGUACUCUUGCUAGACAGCCAUAUGCCGAGAUUGACCCUUUCGAAAUGGAGCAUUAUUUAAGAGACGGAUUUCGGUUAGCGCAACCAGUUAACUGCCCAGAUGAAUUAUUUGCUAUUAUGGCUUACUGCUGGGCUUUACUGCCGCAAGAACGACCAACGUUCUGUCAAUUACAGAUUUUCUUACAAGAUUUUUAUUCACAAAUCACAAGAUUUGUGUAACAAUUAGAGUAUAAAAUCUAGAUGUAAGAAGAAAAAAAAUGUUUAUAAAUAAUAAAUAUACCUAUUUUAAUUUGUGAAAAAAAAUGUUAACUCGUAGUAUUUGUCAGAAGAUGACUCGAAAUAAUUUUAACAGUCUUCGAAUUUGACAAGUCAAAUAUAUGAAAAAAAAAAUACGAAAUUUAUAAAAAAUAAACGAUUAAAGAGGCAUUUAAAAUUUUUAUAAAAGGUACUAAAAAAUAUUUUUCACUGUAUGUUUUUCUAAAAUUAUUUUUAGUUUAGAAAUUUAGAAGGUAUUUGAGCACCAAAAUU